GAGGCGGAAGCGGCGCGGGGCGAUCGCGGCGGGGCCGGGCCGGGCCGCGGGGCCAUGACCGAGUACAAGCUGGUCGUGGUGGGCGCGGGCGGCGUGGGCAAGAGCGCGCUGACCAUCCAGCUCAUCCAGAACCACUUCGUGGACGAGUACGACCCCACCAUCGAGGACUCGUACCGUAAGCAGGUGGUGAUCGACGGCGAGACGUGCCUGCUGGACAUCCUGGACACGGCGGGGCAGGAGGAGUACAGUGCCAUGAGGGACCAGUACAUGAGGACUGGGGAGGGAUUCCUCUGUGUCUUUGCCAUCAACAACAGCAAAUCCUUCGCUGACAUCAACCUUUACAGAGAACAGAUCAAGAGAGUGAAAGAUUCGGAUGACGUGCCCAUGGUGCUGGUUGGGAACAAGUGUGACCUGCCCACGAGAACAGUGGACACAAAACAGGCUCAAGAAUUAGCAAAAAGCUACGGAAUCCCCUUCAUAGAGACCUCUGCAAAAACGAGACAGGGCGUGGAAGAUGCUUUUUACACACUGGUGAGAGAGAUCCGGCAGUACCGGAUGAAGAAGCUCAACAGCAGCGAGGAUGGGAACCAAGGCUGCAUGGGACUGUCCUGUGUUGUGAUGUGAAAAGAUGCCAAGAAAACGUGGUUCAGGUGCAGCUGCUGGACGAGUCUGGAUGCUCCUGGGCUGCAUCUCAUGCUGAUGCCCUGCAGUGUUUUGGUGCCAGUGGCAGACUCUGGGCACCAGUUAAUUAGCACAAGGUCCUUUUCCGUGCUCCAUCUGAAGAGAACAUCCAUGGCAUCUACCUCCCUGCUCAGCUCCUGGAGCAGCAGCAUCUCUGGAUGUACUGGGAUUCUUUUCCUCACUGUGUUACCUGGGUUUGUCCAAGAAGAAAACCGGUCACAAAAGUGAACUAUAGAGACUAAAUGCUGUGAAAAAGAUGACACUUUACCUCUAGAGUAAAAGCUAGAAGUGCUGUGUGUCCCCUGUCUGUUGGAUCUCGUGCAGUGCUGUCAGAGGAGUGGCACAGAGCGAUGUCACCCGUGGUUUUGUCACCAGGGAUGCCCCUGUCCCCUGUCAGACGGGUGUCUGCUCUCUGGGCACCUGUGCAGCAAAGUGCAACAUCUCCACUGUGCCAGGAGUGCCACCUGCCUGAUCCUCCAUUUCUGUAAUAAAGAGGAAAACCUUUCCUAAUUAAGUGCCUGUUUGCUGAGAAGAUUUGAAGUUGGCCCUUGGGUUGAGGAAAACCCCAAGGACUGGAAUUUCUUGGGAGCUCGUUGUCUUAAGCAGGCAAGUGUGGUGUGGGUGAUCUGUGCCUGACAGGACACUGCAGCAGGGAUUUGUAGGCUGGGAGGUCCAGCAGGCACUUGUGAGACUCUUGAACAAGGCAGGGGACACACUGCACCUGUGUUUUACUUUCUUUGUGGGUGGAACAGUUUAUGCUCUGUGUUGUUUUCCUGCAGCAUUCAGAUCUCUUCCAAGCUGGACCAAAUCAGUCGGCUGCUCGUUUUUAACACGAACUGCCAACACUUCUGGGCAGCUUCUCACGAGUUAAUCUGGUAACUGGAGGUUAGUUUGGACAGCUGUUCCUCAGCUCUCUGUGUAACUUGCAAAUUGUUUUGUUUUGAAUUAUUUUCUUACCACCAGACUGUAAAGAGUCUCUGCAAAAUGUCUCUAGACUGU